UCUUUUUUAAAAACUUUGACGUUACUGUAGCUAGGUACUGUACUAGCCAAAUGUGUGCUCUAGCUAGUAUUUUCAGUCUUGUAGGAUAUGUUGUAGAUAAGCAAGCUAUAUGACUAAAUCAAGACGGUUAACCCCUUCUUAUAUCCUUGACUUGGUCAUUUCAAAAUGUCUUGACAAGUCGUCCCAGUGGGCGGUUUAAUUAAAGGUCAACACUAUCGGAUCUGCUACAGUACAGGCUGGCCAAGUAACGUUAGGGGUAUAUUAUGGCGGAGGACAAGAUUGAUGAGUGACUGGUGUGUGAUCUGACUUUUCCUGUGUGAUUGCUAGCAAGUCAUUAACGUUACUCAUCACUUAUGACUGCUGUUGUCACCAAGUCUGAUCCUUUCUCAGAGGCAGCUUGUCGACUCUUUAAUCCACAUAACACCCUGACACUGCUUUAAAGCCAUCCAAGCUGUUGAGUCUCCUGCUGCAAAUCUGGUCAGUGAAAAGUGAAGAACACUGGAGAAUUGGAGAGCAGUUUAGGCCGGAUAUCGGGAUGAAGCAGGACAUUGCUGCACUGGAGCUGGUAGAAGUUCGAAAGUUACAUGAAUUAGUGAGGAGACUAGAAAUUCAAAAUGAAUCUCUAACGGAGAGGCGAAGAAAUAUCAACACCAAAAACCAGGCUCUCUCUGGUGUGCUUAUCAGCUGUCCCUCUUCACUGGAGGAAAAUCUAAAUUGUUGUGAUUUGCCAGACCCUGAACCAGCAGAGGUCAACAGUGGGGAUGGUAUAUCUCCACCUCCUCUUGAAAGCCCCAGAGAUACACUAGUGAGGCAGGAUGGACACGUAUAUGAUGGCUGUUAUACACACUUGCCCCACAGUGACAUGUUGGAGGAGACACACAGGCAGGGAUGCAUGGGGUCAGAGGAGCUGGUGGUCAGGGACACAGAGAAAAGAGCAGAGCACUCUUCUCUGGAGCUAGUGGACCUCCUGGACCUAGAGGAGUGUUGUGAGGUGGAGAAUGAAGUGAGCUGGUUAUAUGAGUCACCCAAGAAAGGGGCAUCUGCUGAGAGAAGUGAUGAGUCCCCUAUAAAGUGGUGCAGACAGGUCCUGGACAACCCCAGCCCUGAAACAGAGGUGGCAUGUCGCACACUAAUUAAUAUCCUGGACCAAAAGACGAGAUGGAGUAGUAUCUUUAGCAGUCGCUACCACAGACGUCCUGUAGCCUUCCCUGACACUGGCCAUACCUGCAUGGGCUCACCUUCCCCUCGGUACCAGAGAUCAACUGACAGAAGUCAACAAACCAACAAACCUAACAGCUCAGAUGGCAAUGAUGCCAUUUUACCACCAUCAAUGGACGAGAAUGAGCCGAGUUUCUCAGAUGACUCCAUCACCAUGGGCUACAGGCUGCAGGACCUCACUGAUGUCCAGAUCAUGGCUCGCAUGCAGGAAGAGAGUUUACGACAGGACUAUGCCUCCAUCCCUGCUGCCCCCACACCUUUCAGGGGUCCUGGUGCAUCCAUGCUGUCACCUUCUAAUUAUAGCUACAGUGAUCUGGAGUUCGACAAGUAUAGCCUGGAGGACACAGUCGCAUACACACCGCCUCCCAGCCAGCUGCCCCACUACCGCCGUUCCCCAUUGGGCCAGUCACCCAGAGCCAUAGCCCAGCCUGGUUACAGCAGCCAGCUGCCAAGGCCUCCCAGUCAAGCGACCACUCAAUCUAAGCUGUUUAAGAUUGCAAAGAGCAGAGAGGGUCUGAGAAGCAGCAUGUCCAACCAGGAUUCACCUCCACGCACCAGCCUCCGCUCUCUCCAGGCAGUAAGGAACAGCCGCAACCUGGAGGCCAACGGCCAGCUCCUCACAGACCACCCCACCUCCCGCCUCACCUACCCUAUAGCAGGUUCAACCAGAUCUCCACCAGGUGAGUCUUCAGUCAGGCUUAGGAGUGGUGGCCGAUCUUCAUCCGUUUCUGCCAAAACCUUGAACUCCAGUGACCCCCCUGCAACUGGAGCAGCACGGCAGUCCCUGAGAGAAUCAUUUCAGGCCUUGUCUAGAGGGCUGCCGAGAGCCCAGUCCCUCAUCCCCUCUGGUUUGAGGAUCCCCUGUCCCAGUAAGGACUUUUCAGUUGGAGGGUACCUAUCAAGUCAUGUCUAUACCUCCCCUGAGAGGUCGACUACCAUGGCUUGGGGCAGACUGGGGCAGCCUGCCAAUACCCAUAGGUAAAAAGGUAUACUCAAUGUUUCUCAGUAAGUCCUCAGUAAUCUGUAACAUACUCUCACUCAAAAUAACUCCACUUAAUGUAUUAAAGCACAUU